AUGACAUCUAAUGAAGACACAGUGAAGAGUAUAGUAUUAUUGAACGAUAUCAUUCUACACGACGAUGAUCUCUCGGAUGAAGCUAAAAGUCAAUUCAGUUUCCAUAAAGAUAUUUUACAUGCAUAUAAUCUGGAUCGACUUCGUAUCAUUCAAAAUCACAAAUUAACACCGGUAGGUCGACAUCUUCUUUUAUUUCUUCUUGACAGCAAUCAUAAAAAUUGUAACAAAGUACUCAACUAUGCUGCUGCCAACAAGGAAGUUCUUCAAAAAAAUAUGCCGAAUAGAGGUCCUCUGAUUAUAUGUGGUCUUCCACGAACUGGAUCAACACUGCUGUACAAUUUACUGGCUUGUGAUCCGAACUCUCGAGCUCUGCUUUUCAGAGAAGUGUAUCCUGAAUGUGUUCCACCGAUCUCACGUACAAAUGUGGAAGAACAGACACGAAAAAUAGAUGCACUACGAGCAUUUAUGUAUUAUCGUGAACAAUUGCUCGGUCGACCACGUAAAUAUGCUGAAAUGCAUCCAGUUCACGACAUUGAGGAAGAUAUGCUCAUAUUGAUGCAAGGCGGUCUCAAUAUGUUAGUGAAAACAUUGAGUCCUAUUCAUCAAAUUGAGAUGGAUCACUGGUUCUACGAUGAUACAAAUAAAGACUUCGCUUAUGACUAUCACAAGAUCUUUCUCCGCAUGUUGGAUUUCGUCGAUUCACCUCGAUCACACUGGCUGUUGAAAGCUCCGAUGCAUUCUCUUUUCCUUGGUACACUUAACCGUCAUUAUCCGAAUGCUUUAUUAAUAAUGACGCAUCGACAUUUGAACGAAGUCCUACCAUCCAUUUGCAGUCUAACUUUAGGUUAUGGUAGUGAUUAUUACGAUGUUUCUGAUCCAGAGAAUCGAAUUACACUGGAGACACAAGCUAUUCAAAGCACAGAACACAUGAUUGACUGUAUAGUAAAGUUUCGGAGAAGUGAUCGUCAUGCAGAAGAACGUUUGCACAAGAUCUUUGAUGUUAACUAUGAAAAUUUGAUGAGACAACCGAUUGUCAUUGUGCGCGAAAUUUAUCAACAUUUUGGAUUGAACUGGUCUGAUGAGUUCGAAACAAACAUGCAAAAUUGGCUUCGUGAAAAUCCUCAAGGCAAGCAAGGUCGUCAUACAUACAAUCUUAGUCAAUUUAAUUUAACACCUGAAGAUAUCGCAAUGCGAUAUGCUGACUACAUCAACAUGUUUCUUGCUUCAGCAACCGAAUCCGAACAUGUUGCAGAGAAGGCUAUCUAUAAUACAUUGGAGAACAACAAUUAG